UAUAAAAGCUGGUUCGUUCGGCCGCGUGCCUAGUGUAUUUGUGUAUUUGCAACGAUGAAGCGUUUCGUGGCUCUCGUGGGUGCGCUCGCGCUCCUCUCUGUCUACCACGCCGCGCCAGCCACAAAUACGGCUCCUGUUGUGGCAGAAAAUGGGAAAGUUGCGAUAGGACUUAUAAGUGGUGGAAGCUUUGGCCCAGGAAGUUUUAGUGUCGGUGGUAGUACCAUCCGACCACAAUUUGGUACCAUAAGGCCACCAUCCAACCACGAAGAUGAUGGCGAUAGACUCGAUACGUAUAAGCCAAAUAAAGGAGAAAACCAAGGUGGAUCAUGGUAUACACCAUAUAAACCAGAGAAACCCUGGAAGGGGCAAGCAGGCCAGGGAGGCCACGGACACGGAGGAACCAUCAGCAUUGGCGCAAUAAUUGGUCCUAAUGAUGAUAAAAAAGACGACAAAUGGCAGAACAGCUUCCAAAAGCCAUUCUGGUCUGACGGAGGCAGCUUAUCAUCAUUCUUGAACAGCGAAGACGGCAGCUACCACUUCCCAGCUGGGCACCAAUACUCUCUCAACACUGACGAUGAUGGAAAUGUUCACAUCAGUUCAAUCGUUGGCGGCGAAUACGGAGACGGAGCAAUGAGCAUCAAUUAUAACAACAAGCCUGGAGUCAACGUGCCUAACCAGAUAAGCGGUGCUAUUAAUGGAAAACCUGGAUAUAACAGUGCGGAUAAUGAAGCAGGUAUUGGUGUAGGACAUGGAGUAAACAGUAAUAAAAAGGGCGGUUCAGAAAAUAGUCAACACAAUUCCGGAUAUUUUUCUGGAAAUAAGGGCGAUUCUUGGAUUUGGGACUAAAUACAAAGAAUUUGCUAUAGAGUUUUAUACUCUUCUUGGCUGUCGGGUAAAAAUUGGUCUGUAUUAAAAACAGUAUUAGUGGCUAAGCUAAAAUUAAGUCAGUAUUAUUUUUUACAAUUGUUUUGUUACUUUAGAGAUGCAUUCAGAUAUUUAUUUUCAUUAUCAUGUUUAUGUCAUUUUUGUACUGUUUUAAAAGUGCAUUGUGAUUUGUGAUAACCAAAAAUUUACUUACAAAGAUUUACAUUCAGAUGUUACAAAUUGAAGUGCUAAAUAAAUUAUUCCAAUAUUUGAA